AUGUCCGUCGAAGAUCAAUGGCUAACAGAUCAUGUUGAGAUUUUAAGAAAGGGUUUGUUUCUUGCGGAAAAGCGGGACGUAAACUUGCUUUCGUUACCGCAGAAUAGUGAUGAGAGUAUACCGAAAGUGGUGGUAGAGGCGCUUUCGUCUAACGAUGCCGCUGGUUUGAAACAAGAGAUUGUACUAAAGAAACUGUUUUUGGAAGCAGCGCAAGAAAUGGACGAGAGGACAAAAGUGGAACGGUUUGCUAUUCUCAUGGAUCUCUCGCAUCACAUGAAGCGUGCAAACAAGGUAGGGGACGAUGCGAACGCGAAGUUUUGGACUUCGGUGUUUUUUGACCUGUUUAGGAUGAGUUUGACUUUGCUACAGCUACCACACGGUCUUUUACAAUUUUGGCCUUAUGUGGAAUCGCGCUUGCAUUGGUUUAAAGCUGGAUUCCUAAACGAAGAUUCACUGCAGCACGGACAGACCACUUUGAGCGCAAUCAAGGCACCUUUUUCCAAAGUAACGUACCAGAUCAACAAGAUGCUGUUGGGGCUGCGGCUCAACUCUAAGCUUGCUACCCCCGCACAUCACGAACUCAGCAUGAAGAUCAACCUGUUUCUGUGUGACUGUUUGUCGCCUAUGGAGCAAGCAAACACAAACAAGCGCGGAAACAUAGCAAAGGGACUUCCCGAACAGUUAUGGGACAUCAGGAACGAUGAAAAAGAUGGUUCGGCUUUUUAUACCGAUUUCUUAAAAGUUAAACAAGAGUUUAUUCAAGAUCCAGUUUCGUGGACGUUCUCAGAUCCCGAAAAAAGACUCAGCUUACAGGAUUACGUCUUGCCAGUGGUGGAUGAGAUUUUGCUGCACGAGUCUGACUUUUACACUCAAAUCAAAACUAGAAACGUGCGACUAAACCGACUUAAUCAGAAGGCCAAUGUACAACUACCUCAUAAUCUCCAGGCACUCAGCGAACCACAAGAUAAAAGCCAUCAUAAUUGGAGUUUCGCCUCUUCUGGACUGCGGCCACUCAUAUUUGAUGAACCGGAUUGGGAUUCAGAGCUCCUAAUGCAACAGCUACAGGACCCUUCUAAUGACUUCCACCGAAAAAAGUUUUUGCUCGAGCUGCUAAUCACCGCUAAUAUGAUCAAAAGAAUUCUAACGGAUGAGGCCGUUAGGAGUUUCUAUCGAACUCAAUAUGAUCAGUCACUUCGAAUCACGCAUAGCCAUGAAGACAGAAACAAUGCUACAGCAUUACGAGACAUAACUCAGAUAAUCAUCAGUAGGGUUGAGAACUUUUACGACCAUCAGGAUCAGACUUUUAAAAGUCUUUUGGUGGACUUGAUUGCUGGCGACAUGUCCUUACUGGACUUAAAAGCUAAGAAGAGCUUCAAAAUAUUCAGUACCUUUACAUUCCCUACUGGCAGUGGAGAGUCAAUUCCGGAAAUUAGUUAUUCCUACAAAAGUUUCGGAUGGAUAAAACUGGGAAACAAGAAGCUUGACAACGUUUGGAAAGUAAAGAGUGGGCUUGAGUCGAUCGAUAGCAAAUUACCCAGCUCUCAGGAAACGUUUGAUGAAAUACGCGAUAGAUAUGAAAAGCAAGAUCCUGACGUGUCGUCCUCAUAUCAUGGUGACAAAACCGUUGAGCAGUGGAAGCAAUUACGUCGUUUAAGGCCCAAAUUUCUUUUCCAAUUGAGUAACGUUGACGAAAACACUGGUGUCUCGGGCCUAUUCAAUUCCAGCUUAAUUCAAGAAUCGCGGGAGAAAAAAUCUCACCUACCGACACAAUUACAGGCUGCAAAAGAUUACUUCGAAGCGAAGAAGAAGAGAAAAUUAGAGCCGUUGGGAGAAGCGGAUGAACCGGCGGAUAAAGAACAAGACACUAGUGAUACCAAAACCAACCUUACCGUGGAAAAAACAGAUGAUAAAAUAGUAACACCUUCGAUUAAUACUCUUGAGCGGGCGACCAGUGGGGAAGAGGCUAUCCCAAAGAAACUGCCUCGAAAGGAUUCAUCAGAAAGCGGCGACGCACCGGCUGAACAACAGGAGCCCAAAGAUGAAACCACGGAUGCGCUCAAAACCAACGUUCGAGUUGAGGAGCCCAAUACAAGUCCAGUCAAUCAACCGAUACCGGAAAAUGACAAACGAGAAGGAGGAUCGCCAAGUUUAGAUCAAGAGAUCGCAGUGCCGCCGUCCAGUGAUAUUUGA